AUGGACUCACCGAGAAUGGACGCACGUAGAUCAACUGAAAGUGACACUGGAUCAUCGUAUGCCGAACACAAAGCAUUCAACAAUGCUGCAGAAGCUUUGGCCAAUAACAAGAGCAGCGGAGAGGAUGUAGAAGAGGGUGCGGCCCUGGAACAGGAUCCCGAGGAGGAACUCCCACCCGAGCUGGAGGCCACAGGAGCGGGACUUGAAAGAACUACCACUGGUUUCUUGUCACCACGCAUAAAGGAUUUGAGGAAAAAACUAGCUGUCGAGUUUUUUACCAACCAUGCCGUGCUUGCUAUCUUGAUGCUGGGAGUCUUCUCCCUGUAUUGGGGUGCUCUUUACAAUAGAUCCCACUACUAUUACAAAGUCAACAUAUUAGCAGUUAUUCAAGAUGAUGGUGUUCUUGGCGACCCAAUACCCCAACUGGUAGAACAGGCGUCAGGCACAUGGCACAUUUACAACUCUUCUCAUUUCCAAGAAAGAUUUAAAGUUUCUGAGUCGGAAAUUGACUCUCACAUCACCAAACUUGUCCAUGACCAACAUUACUGGAUGUCUUUGAAUGUAAAGCCGAAUACAACCAAUGCACUUUUGAGCUCUCUUGAAGACUCAGACGCCCAGCCAUUCAACUCUUCACAAUACUUCGAGACUGUUUACGAAAGUGGCAGAGACCCGCAGAAUAUGCAUUCUAGUAUCCUUCCAUUGAUGACAGCAGUUGAAGAGCUGUAUCAAUACUACUAUUCUACCACUCUCCUCCCAAACAUUUUGUCAAGGCUAUCGCAGUCGAUAAGCAAUGCCCCGAGUGCUAAUUUAGCUCAAGCAGGCGUCAUCACUUUCAACCAAGUAGAUCACAGACCAUUUACUGACUUUACUUUGCUUGGCCCUCUUCAAGUUGGUCUCAUCUACACAAUCAUGUUCACUUUCUUCCAGCUUCUACUUUUCAGCCCAAUGCACGUUCUGUUUGCUCAAAAAUUGAAUAAGACGCAUGUUUUACUGUACCGCUAUCUGAUUGCCUUUAUCAACUACUUUAUCCUAGCGCUCUUCUUCUGUUUGGUUUCAUUGGCAUUCCAGGUUGAUUUUUCCAAAGCAUUCGGUAGGUCUGGUUUUGUGGUUGCUUGGAUGUCGUCUUGGCUAUACAUGACCGCAGUGGGUGGUGCAAACGAAAACAUGCUGUCCUUGCUUGUUGCCUACGCUCCUCGUUUCCCUGGUUUUUGGAUGGUCUUCUGGGUUGUUAUGAAUAUUUCUCCUACAUUCUUCCCCAUGGACCUCACGGCGGACUUUUAUCGGUAUGGUUACUUUAUGCCUGUUUUCAACGGUGUCGCUAUAUUUAGAGUCAUCUUCUUGGAUGUUUAUCCGGGAAAUCUUGGACGAAACUAUGGCAUCUUGUGUGCAUGGGUUGUGGUUAACAUGUCACUAUUCCCUUUUGUCAUGAAGCUAUUUGUGGCUAGGAAGAAAAAGGAUGCCCUGAAAGCUGCGGCUCAUAACGCAGAAAAAACUAAGUAA